UGGAAACUUUCUUUUUUUGGUGAUAGAAACAAAAUCCGUGUUUUUUUUUCUCUUCUAAAUCUCAAUGUAAAAAGGUUUUCUCUAAUCCCAAACCGAUCAGGUAAUCAUCACUCUAUAAAUUCAACCCCCAAGUAAAGAUGCAGUGUUCGUUUUCCUCCAUCGAGACCAAACAAUGGCGUUCACUCGCUUCCACGCCGUCCAAAAAUACACCCUCGCAAUCGACCCCGAAGCGCGUGGUUUGGCCAUCGGGCUUCAGAUGCUGAUUGUUCGUUACAGGAAUGGCCACGUAGAGAGCGAUACUUACGGAGGGUUUCGGCUCUCGUCUCCUGAGAUUGUCGGAGAAAAAAGGGAAGAGCUGUUCGGCUUCUUGCAUAGAUCGGGGCUCGACACCGUUGGCGCCGAGUCCAUUCGAGGGUGCCUUUCUGGUUUGGCUUUGGAGGCCCUUAGCACCGAACCGGGAGAUCUCCGAGGUGUUUUGACGCUGUUAACGGAGGUUUACGUUAUCACGGAUAGGUUCGUGGACGACUCUCGGGUCAGGAUAAUCAACAGACACGGCAGAACGAGGGUUCGCCACUCUUGGAGAUUCGGAGACGAACUGUAUCGGAAUAUUCAACGGACGAUCGUCGUUGAGCAUCGUACCCCUCGGGUGUUCAGAGGCGAGCCUGACGAAGACGAGACCGACUCUAUGACCCAACUUGCGAUUCAGGAAUCGUUCGACGAGAUCAGACCGCAGGUUAGACCGGUUUGCGAAAGUGCGAUCGAUUCUCUGAAGGAGACGACGGCCAAGGAACGGGGGAUCGGAGAAGGGGACGGUUGUGCGAUCUGUUUAGAGGAUUUCGUGGCCGAGAAAAAGUCGGCUGCCCUGCCGUGUCGUCACGAGUUUCAUAGUGAAUGUAUUGUGAGGUGGCUUAGGAUAAACCAUGUCUGCCCACUGUGUCGGUUUCGGCUGCCACGCGCGACCGGACGGAACUCCGAACGGUGAAACGGACAAGGCCUGUCUGGGCGAUGAAAUCGUCUUAUAAACUUCGAGUGCCGUCGUAGAGUUGUUUUAUUUUUAUGUGUUUCCUAUUUUGUCCUUUUUUUUGGGUGCAAUGCGCUUUCUCUUUAAACA